GUGUUGUUAAGGCAGUUUGACCCGGUGACUCAAUUUCAUUUUCGCAGAAUUUACUUCAGUUUUUAUUUCUUUAACUAAUUUCUCAUAGUGAACCAGAAGAAGAUCUAAAUCUUCUGAACAUAAUCCAAUAAUUUACCCAAAACCUCUUUCUACCAGUAUGUAUGAAUGACUGGGACCAAACUGAGAAACACGCAAAAAAAUCGUGGGAAAUGAACUCAGAAUUUACCCGCCUCCUGCCGACUCCAGUUCCUGUUUCACCAAGCUGGAAAGAUGUUGUGAAGAAGCACUACUCAAAAUGUUGCAGCAUAUCUUCAUUGAAACAGAAAUUUCCUAUAAGUCAAUGGCUUCCUAAGUACAAGUGUAGUUAUUUAAAAUCAGACAUAAUUGCUGGAUUAACUGUAACAUUAACAGUUGUUCCCCAAGGACUUGCUUAUGCCAAAAUUGCUAGAUUACCUCCACAGUAUGGCCUUUAUGCAGCAUUUAUGGGUUGCUUUGUGUACUGCAUCCUGGGGACUGCCAAAGAUAUCACACUUGGACCCACUGCCAUCAUGUCCUUAAUGACUGCAGCAUUUGGGAAUUCCCCUAUCAACAAUGAUCCAACAUAUGCUAUCUUAUUAGCAUUUUUCUGUGGAAUAGUCCAAUUGUUAAUGGGAUUUUUCAAUCUUGGAAUUCUAGUAAAUUUCAUAUCUUACCCUGUGAUUAACUCUUUUACAAGUGCUGCUGCUAUUACAAUCAGUAUUGGACAAGUCAAGAAUAUCUUGGGCUUAAAGAAAAUUCCACGAGACUUUUUAAAAUGUGUUUACUACACUUUUGCAAAACUGGAAGAAACAAAUGUUUGGGAUCUUCUCUUAGGUGUUUCCUGCUUGGUUUUGGUACAUUUCAUCAAAAAGCUUCGUUCUAUAAAUUGGAUGGACACUGAUGAAACAAUCCAUUGGUCUCAGAAAAUUGCACGGAAUUUUUUGUGGUUGUUUGGAACUGCUGCAAAUGCAGUCAUAGUAAUAUCAGCUACAGCAAUAUCUUAUGCAGUAAUAAGUCAAAAUCCAGACAAAAGUGUAUUUACUCUCACCAAUGACAUUCAAGAAGGACUGCCACCUUUCAGAAUCCCAGAUUUUUCAAUCCAUACCAAGAAUGUCACUCGAUCUACAUCAGAAAUUUUGUCUGAUAUUGGACCCGGGUUCAUUAUUAUACCAAUUCUUGGAAUUCUUGAAACUAUUGCAAUUGGAAAAGCAUUUGCUCGUAAAAAUCAUUAUAAACUUGAUCCAACUCAAGAAUUCAUUGCCUUAGGUGCAGCAAAUGUUUUCAGCUCCUUUUUUUCCUCCUACCCAGUCGCAGGCAGCUUUUCAAGAACUGCCAUAAAUUCUCAGAGUGGUGUGAAAACUCCCUUCAGUAACGUUAUUACAGGUUCUGCUGUGCUGUUGGCUUUGAAAACUUUUACGCCUGUCGUCAAAUACAUCCCUACAGCUGCCCUUGCUGCUAUCAUUAUCCAUGCAGUGAUUGGAAUGAUAGACGCUUCAAUUGUUUUAAAAUUAUGGAAGCUAUAUGGAAUACUAAUUGGAAUAGCAGUGUCUUUAAUAACUUUAUUAUACCCACUAUCUCGGCCAAAUAUCCAGAUACACCAAGCAGCAACACCUGUUCUUUAUCUUGAGCUAGGCUUACAGUUUCCAGCAAUUGAUUACUUUGAAGAUAAGUUCAUCGAUUUGCUAAAUACAGGGGACGAGCCCAAAGCUAUUAUUAUAGAUUGCCAAUAUAUUUAUAAAUUGGACUAUACAGCAAUUCAGUGUUUGUUCAAACUAGUGUCAGAACUUAAUGGAAGAAAUAUUUCACUAAUACUCUCUGGCCUCAGGCCAUCUGUUCGCAAUGAAAUUGUCAAUGCUGAUAUCACUCCACUUCUGUUUUCCUCUUCCGUUGAAUCUGCUCAGGAACUGAUCAUGAAAAGUUGAUGCCCUUCAAAGUGACAUUAUCUACAGAAAGAAAAAUCUUUUCUUUGAAAUGGUUAUCUUAAUUGGAAUAUGCUCUCUGAAAAAGAUCACCAUUAAGUCACAAGAAUUAUGUUGCCAACCAAAAGCCAGUCACCUUAUUAACCCAGGAAAACUUUCCACAGUUUGAUAAAUUCUUGCGUUUGGUAAAUCAGCACCCAAACUUGGAAUAAUACAUAUUGAGUAAAGAAAUGUAAUAUUUUAAGAAAUUAUUUGUAAAUUAAUAUUAAUUUAUUAGUAAUUUGUUUAUAAUAUUUUUAUUAAAUUGUACAUAGUACAUUAAGUUAAAUAAUGUAAUUAAAAGAGAAAAGAAAUUAGAUACUCAGCCAUAAUUGAUAAAACUUUUACAAAUCUACAAAAGUUAACAAAAACCAUAAUGACCACCAUGUGUGAUAAUUGUAACAGUAUUAAUGAUAAGAGCUUUAGUUACCUUUUUAGUAACCAAUCUCCUUCGACAACCUCCUUGCUAUCUAUAAAUUGAGAUAGCUUGCUAUCUAUAAACCUUAUUAAUAUCAAUUCUCCUUAGAUCACCCAUAAUAAAGUAUGCAUGAUUAGAUUGAAAUCUCAAUUAAAAUCUGAUGACAAUAUGAAUGACGUCAGGAGAUUUCACUUGGUCAACAUCAACAUAUGUGCAAAUAUAUAAAGUGACAGAGAAAUAUUUUGCUAAACCUCCAAAAUGUUGAUUAUAUUGUAAAAUUAAUUCAAACUCAUUGGCAGUCUAUUCAUUAGAUAUGCAAUUAGAAAAGAGUUAAAUUCUAAAUUUUUGAAUAGUGUGCCAAUGGUAAAAACAAUAUCACUUGGCUAGGACACAUAAAUUUGGAUAAGUUUCUCUAUCAUAUGAGACAUUUAAUUUCCUUGAUCACCCUGCCUAAACAGUAUUUACUGUAGCUUUACAACAUCAGAAACAAAAACUAACCAAAAAUUUGAUUGCCAAUAAGUUAUAGUUAAAAACACUUUGAAUUUAAUAAUUUUUUUUAUUGGAUAUUAACUGCUAUGAAUGGAAGAUUUGGUGCCAAGGGUGUCUUCUGCUCUUGAUCAGGGUUUAACUAGAUUGUAUUGUAUCAAAGAAGAAUUAUAAAAUGUUUCAUGAUUUCUAUUUUUUGUACAAGUUCCUCUUAUAUUUUUGUAAAGAACAAAUCUUGCUUUUUCUUCAAGUUGAAAGUGAUAUCAUUUCUGAUAUUUAUUUCCAUAAAUUCACGAUUACCAAUUAUUUCCAGCCUUUUUUUUUUUUUCUUCUUAAAAGUUUUGGUGAUCUUCUUCCACCCAAUUGACCCAUAAUUGUUAAAAUUGUAUGGUAGGUCGGGAUACAGAUGCUCUACACAGAUGCUCAACCUGCCAAAUAUGUCUCCCUCAAAACACACCCAUAUCAGGGAAAACAAUAGAACAUAUUGAACAAUGUAAUUAGUUCUAAAUAUCCAAAAAGACUUGAUUGCUUUUGAUCACAGUUCUGCUUGACCAACAGCAAAUAUGGAUGGUUUCACAAUUCUCAUUGCCCCGCAGCUUUCCACCUACCUCCCCACACUCUCGAAAUAUUAUUGUAAUUGAUUACAUAAUUUUGAUUCUUAUUUUUUCACACAUUUUUAUGUUGACUUUGUUUAACAAGUUUUAACUCAGGUAUCAAACAAGGGACUGAUGUAAUACAUUGCUUAAACUUUAUAUGUGUGUGUGUGUGUGUGUGUGUGUGUGUGUGUGUGUGUAUGAGACACAUCUAUAUUGACAGAUACUCCUAAACCAGUUGUUCAGUAUCCCACCUGUGAGGGAUCAAUGCCAGAUGGGUCAAAACUAUUGUAGCGAUCAAUAAACAUACUUGUAUCUUUCAUCUUCCAUCUCUCUCAUUAAUCAAAUAUAUACAUAUAUAUAUAUUGUUGUGUCUGGAGAGAGUCAUUCUCUUUUAGUGCCUUAUUAUUUAACACACUCACCAGUCUAGUUUCCACUCAUUUACUUAUUUAUUUUUCCUAAAAUUUUGUUGUGUCUUGCAACAUUUUCAAUAGUCAUUGACUCUGUUCAUUACCCAAGCUGUGUUCUUUUGAAACAAGAAAGAAUGCAGCUCAGAUAACGGACAGAGUCAACGACUGUUGAAAAGGUUGCAAGAUGCAAUGAAAAUUUUAGAAAAUAUAAAUAAGCAAAUGACUGGAAACUAAACUGGUGAGUGCGUUAAAUAAUAAAGCACUGAAAGAGAAUGACUUUCCCCACACACAACAAAAUAUGCUUCAACACAUGAACUCACAUAAAGAAUCGUGCAAACCAAAUCCAAAAAUGAAAUAUAUACAUAUACACAUAACCUGCUGGAUUAUUAGAGCAUCUCUGAAAAUUUUAUCUUCUUAGUUUUCUGAGAAAGAAUUCACUGCAAUGGGGUUCACAUUGUGUUUUCCCAAAGCCAUUGAUAUAUAACCAUACACACCACUCCUACAUACACACACACACACACACACACAAACAUGCCUUAUUAUAUGCAUACUUACACGUAGACAUACAUAUACAUGUGUAUACAUGUCCUCCUGUAUACGCAAUUCAGACACAUACCCUUCUAAACACACUUAUAUACAUGCUACAUAUACACUUACAUGUGCACACAAACACACCUCCCUACAUUCAUUCAUACACACAGACAUAACCACCUCCUACAUAUGCACUUUGACAAAAAUACAUCAUCCUGCAUUCACACACAUGUGCAUGUGCGCACACACAUACACACACAUACACAAGCGCUCACACACACAAAAAUAUGCCUCCUACUUAGACACAUAAAUACCCACUGAACUGAACACAUUCCAUGCCCUCUACUCCUGAUGGAAUCGUAGGGGCAAUGUCAUGUUAUAUGGAGCGUCUUCAAAAUUUCUAAACAUGGCAAAGCCCAUUCGCCUUGAUCUGACCACAGCUAAUUUCCUCUAGAAAGAAAGAAAGAAAGAAAGGGAGGAGGAAGGAAGGCAGACAGAAUCAAGAGGAAACGAAGGAAACUAAUCAAGCAGAUGUAUACACACUGACAUACAUCAUCCUACAUAUAUACAUACACACACACUCUCCUACAUGCAUGCACAUAGAUACACACCCUUCCUCUAUAUACAGCUACACAGACACAGACCACACACACACAUUCAUAUAUACACAGACACACAUUCUCCUGCAUAUAUACAUACAUACACACAUAAACAAUCUCCCUACAUGCGCACUUACACACACCAACACAUGCAUAGAUCCUCCUACAUACAUGUACCACAAUCACACCCCUUAUAUACACAAGCACAUGUUACUCACACACAUGCAUACAUACAUGCAGACACACCUUCUCAUGCACACACACACUUACAUACAAAUACACGUACACACUGGUAUACAAAGAAUGGUAUUUUGGAAAAAAAAAAUUUUAAUAACAAAAAAAAAAUUGUUUCUUUAAAUUUUAAACAAUGAAUAAAAUUCAAUUUUGAAUGAU